AUGAGCAGACCGCCAAACACCCAGCUGAGCCUGCAAGCUAGAAGACGCAAGCCUCGGGGAGUGACACUGAGCUUACGGUUUAAGCAGAUCGCCCAAGUGGUGAAAAAGUUCCGUCCCGUUACCAUAAAUGGCACCACUACUCGCGCCAUCAUCGAUGAAGUGAAGGCUAACCAAACCGAAGACGCGCAAUACUACGCUCUGAGGUUCUCUGAUAAUGCCAGACUACUGUUACCGUUGAGAUACGUGGCGGAUUUCAUGGAGAAGCUGCCAGAAUCAGCAAUCUAUCUUCUGCUAAUGAUCAAACCUCUGGAUCCAGAGUUUCCCUUCGACAUGGACCUGCUCAACGUGAAUCUCACCAUACCCUCGCUGUAUCCUCAAACCAAAGCCCGGAUCGUGGUUCUCAACGAAGAUGUUCCCCGUGGGGUGGCGGUGAAUGUGGAGAUGGGUUUCCAGAAGAUUGCUCGUCAAUCGAUUCCACUUGUGGCUCAAUUGGAAGAGCUUGAUGCUAACUUAGAACUGCUAUUGGCCCAGGAAGAGCGCACCACCAUCCAAUUUGUCAAGCCGCUGAAACUGGCGGCGCCUACCCCAAUAUUCACCCCCACGCCGACCCCCACUCCUAAAGCAUCACCCCUGCCAAGUGUCAAAGCUACGCCAUCCCCUGAACCUGAGGAGGAACAACCGGUUUCUCGUGAAUGUCUCGCUCGUCGUCAACAGUUAUUGGACCAGUUUGAGGCUAAAUUGAGCCCCACGUUAUUCAAAAAGGCCCCCAAAGAGACGAAGUACCGUAUCAAACUUCCCGUUCCUCCGAAUAGAGUUCCUGAUCUUUGGAAACGAGGGGUAGAGAUCAUUGUCACCAUCCCACGCGCCUACCCUGAUCACGACUCGAUCUCUAUCCAGUUUGCCAACAAUUUCACUACCAAUCUCAUUGUCAAGAAUCAUAAGGAGACGCUGACGCCAGCAGAGCUUGCGAAAAUGACCCAACACUACAAGAGCAUUGAGCGCAACGUGUGUCAAAACGCCACCCAAUUGCUGGGACUGGUGGUUGAUACUCUCAAUCAAUUGAGCAAUAAUUUUGACAAGUAUACGUUGUCGGCCACUGAAUUUGAUGACUGGAAACAGCUAAGCCAGGCGCUCUCAACUUAA